CUACGUCAAAUGAAUGGAAAACAGUUGUGCUCCGUUCGUUGCUCAAGAAGUAAGGUACCUCUCCACUGUAGUGUGUGCGCCGCUGGUCGAUAGAAUAAUCCAAGGCAUAGAGUUCGACGCGCUAUUCAACGGCCGAAGUAUUUAGUAAUCGAUCCGUUUUUUAUGGUGUUUCUAUCUCUACCACCUUGCUUCUUUUGGUGGUAGCUGUUUGUGAGUUCGUUGUUGGAGUUUUUUUGGAGAAGAGUUUGACCGUUCCAGAAUAUGAUCAGUUUGCAGCACAGCUAAGAAAUUCAAGAAUCUGUGAUUAGAAGGUAUUUGAUCGGAUAUCCAAAAAAAAGCGUAGAAGAAGUGUUCGGUGGUGAAGCAAAGUAAUUGAUCAAGUUCAGUGCGAUCGGCAGUCAAAAAGAAAAGUGAUCCGAGUUCGAGUUUAGCUGCACCGAAAGAGGAUGUUGGUUCGGUGCGAGCAGUAAUCAAAGGCCGGAGAAGAAGAAUUCAGCUUGCGCAAACAAAACCUGCUGACGAGAGUCCAGUGAAGUGUGGUGCAAAUAUUUUCGUUCAAUCUCGUCAGCGAAUGUUGACGCCAUCGACGGCAGUCUAUCAAUUGUGAAUGCUAAUAUUGAGUGAUUUGAGCCUCGCAGUGUAUAGUGUGUUAAAUCCGUUUGCAUUGUACGUAAAGUGAGCGAGAUCUUUGAUCGAUCGAGGGUGAUCUUCAUUGUGUUGACGUCACGCUUACGUUCCAGACCACGACAGCGCAGUAGGUAGGCGUUGAAGAUCGAAAUCCUGCACGGCAGUGUCGACGUAAUCGCGCUGAGAGCGAGCAACAAUAACAAUAACAACAACAGCAACAGCAUGAUCAUUGAUCAUCAUUGAUCGCAUCGCCAGCAAGUGGAGCCAACGCGCUCCAGAGAGAAGAGGCAACACGCGCGCUUCAAUCGGUUUCGAUCGUCAUCACCAGAUUCUCCCACCCCUUGACGCCAAGACUCGCUUAGUCAGUGCGACCCACCCUCCUACUCUAUCGUGCGGCGAAUUCCGUUUCGUCACGCAAGGGUUCGCCGCGAGAGCUCACUCCAUCUCUGCGGUUUUCAGUUCACCUGCCUGCGGCUGACGGCAGGUUCAACGGCUCCGGAUCCUGUGUCGAUCGUUGGUGGUGUUGGUGGUGUGGUGGGCGACGAUCGGGUGUCUUGAAGAGCAGUGAAAGACGAGGAGGUCGUGCAGUUUGGUCAGAGUCUUCGAUCGAAGGACCCUCCUCGAACCGCGCGCGAAAACCGGUUGGAUCGUCUCUGACGACGGGUUGACCUCUUCUUCGUCGUUGCCUUCGCCCGACUGCCUAGCUAGGCGGCUCUAGCGCACGGGCCUGGACGACUGGUUCCAACGUUCAUUCAAAGCUGCCCCCAAGGUGGUAACACACAGUGAAUGGGUCAUUUGCGAAGCGGAUCUUGUGCGCUACGAUAAAUAUUACACGAAAGACGACGACCGGAGAAAACUGCGCGCGCUGCGACUGAUAGUUCCUAUAUUUGCGACACGGAGGAGAUUCGUUUUAUUAGAGAAGAGAAGGAUCCUAUAUUUAUUAGAGCGGCGAGAGAUAGGAAGAUGCUUAUCACCAGCAACUAUAAUCAAAAGCAAUACCUGGACUCACUAUGCGUAACGGAAGCCGAAGACUCCAGCUACGACAGCGACUGCGAAGGCGAUGACCUCUCACACGAGCAGGUAUCGCGAACCACCAGUGACACACUCGGCCAGGAGUUCGCCGAAUACGUCAGCAGCCAGUCGGUGGACCCCCAUCAGCAGCAGUUGGACCGAUCGCCCGGCUACACCCAGCGGGUAGAGUUCGCCCUCAAACUUGGCUACACCGAGCGGCUCGUUCAGGCGGCGCUGCAACGGCUCGGUCCCAAUCCGGCCCAGAAUGAGCUGCUGGCGGAGCUGAUCAAGCUGGGUUCGCAGCCCGGCGCCAAGGGAUCCGGGGAGUUCAGCGCAGACGGUGGUCUCAGCGAUCCGCUGAUGGCCGCUUCGUCCGAGUACGGAGCGGCCGUACCCAUCGGAACGGGGAGCGGGUUAGGGGCAAUGCUGGGCAGCGUCAGUAGUGGUGGGGGUAGUGCUAGUGGUAUCAUCAGUGCCAGUGAAGAAUCUCUUCGUCCAAUAGUGAUAGAUGGUAGCAAUGUGGCCAUGAGUCAUGGCAACAAGGAAGUGUUCUCGUGCCGGGGCAUCCGGUUGUGUGUGGAUUGGUUCAAAAAUCGGGGGCACAAAGAUAUUACGGUGUUUGUGCCCAAGUGGCGAAAGGAAAGCGCCCGGCCGGACAAUCCGGUCAAGGAUGGCGAAAUACUGAACGAGCUGGAGAAGGAACGGAUGCUGGUGUUUACGCCGUCGCGACUGGUCGGAGGCAAACGAAUGGUGUGCUACGACGAUAGGUAUAUUCUAAAGCUCGCUGCCGAGAACGACGGUAUCGUGGUAUCGAACGAUAACUAUCGUGAUCUGGUGCAGGAGAGUUCCGAGUUCAAAAAAGUGGUCGAAGAACGGGUACUGAUGUACUCGUUCGUAAACGAUCGCUUUAUGCCUCCGGACGAUCCGCUCGGUCGGUCCGGGCCCACGUUGGACAACUUUCUGCGGGUGCAGCCUCGCAAGGGAGAUCCUCCUCCACCGUGUCCGUACGGAAAGAAGUGCACCUACGGAAACAAAUGCAAGUUCUACCAUCCGGAGCGGGGCAGUAUGCCACACAAAUCGGUUACGGAACGGCUGUCGGAGUACGCUGCGCGACAUCUACAGGCCCGAAGUAGCGUUGAGGGUGGAGUAUCAGUAGCAGGAGGGAGUGGCCGAACGGUGGUACAAGGGAAAUCACUCAGUGUGCCCUUGUCGAAUAGUAGCAGUGAAACUAGUCCAAUCAAUGAUAAACGGAAAGCAUUAUGUCGCACAAGAUCUAACGUUCCUCCGGAUACCGGCAGUUCCAGUACGAGUGCCAGUAUGUAUGGUGUGAACCCAGGCGAUCAGUUGCAGCAACAACAGCAGCUGCACCUUCAACAACACCCGUUCAUGCCAACGCCCAACCGAUCCAACUGGGACAUUUCGCCUCUCUCGCUGCCUCCGCACAACUUAGUCGAUUCGCAAAUCUUCCCCAAAUCUCAUAGUAUAGAAAAUAUAUCUAAGGAGACGUACAAUCAGCUCCACCAUUCGAAUAGUUACAGUGCAUCACUGUGGAAUCGACAACAGCAGCAGCAGCAGCAGCAGCAACAACAACAGCAAGCACAACAAUCCCAACAACAACAACAACCAGUAGAUCCAUGUGAUCGUAGCGUAGUAGAUCCUAGUGUUAAUCUACACCGUAAGCUGCAGCGUCAGUUGACGCUUAACCCAGCCGGAUGUGAUCCUCGAAUCUAUCAAAUGCAGCGCAACGUGGCACAACAGCAGCAACAAGCAGCGGGACACCAGGGACCAGCAACGUUGCAGCUGUCGCCCCACAGACCGUUGGCUCCGUCGUUGAGCGGGGGAGCCCGUCCCAAUCCGGCCGCCCAAUGGGAUCUGCAUCAGAACGUUACCCGCAUCGCCUCUGCUCCGGAUCCAUCGCGACCUUGGCACACGGGUCCUCCACCGGCAUCGUCCUCCGAACCGCACAUAAACCUGUGGCCACCGCCACAGACCCAACAACAGAUGCCCGGCAAUGCCGGCACCGGUGUAAUUGGUCCACCCCCGCAGCAACAACAGCAGCAGCCGCCGCCACCACCACCAUCACAGCCCACAGCCCAUCAGCAGCUGCAGCAGGAUCAGAGGCGUCGGCUGCACUACCACCUGGCCAGUAUCUUCCCGGAGGAACAGGUCCAAACCGUACUGCAGAUGUACCCGGAGGAAACGAACCCGCAGAAGAUCUGCGCCGCCAUUCUGGCCAUGUUUCCGAAGAUGUAGAAUGCAACCCAGUAAGUCCAGUAAGUCCUAUUGUUACCUCGUGAGGUACAUCGCGGACCUUGAUAUUCUUAUACGAGACUUAAAACAUACUUAUUAAAGUCGUUGAUGUUUUCAUGAUCGUCUAUUCCGAAGUGGAAGAAAAAGCGAUCAGUUUGACAUGAGGAUGUUUGGCAUUUAAAAGUGACAUCCAUUAUUUGAGUCGAGUCCAUCAUGUAACAUGUUGAGGAUUCUUCGUCUGACAUGGUGCCAGCUGGUAUAACCGCCACUCGGUAUAAAAUGAGCAUGUGUGCCAAAUGACGGUCAUGAAAAUGUCGUGACAUUUGGCACCAAGUCAUUUGCCAUAAGGUUAUUAGUCAUAAAAUUCAUUUGACAUAAUGGAUAUUUUGCAUAAUCUAAAUGCACAUCGUGUCAAAUGUUCAUUAUAUCUAUCGAGCAUUAUGUCAACAAUCCGUUAUGCCGCAAUGACUAUUUGCCAAAUGGCGUUAUGCCAAAUGACACAGACCCGUUCAUGUCACACGAAAAGCUUUCAAACAAUCAUUUUUCAACUGGAUUGAUUGCAGUGGAAUCUGAUGGAAAUCGUUUUGCUAAAACUUUCUUGUUAGUGUGCCUUGUUCGGAAGGGCAUGCAAAUUGUCUGUACUUUAAAAAGAAAUACUCAGCCAGUGUUGUCUAAUGAAAAACAGAUGAAAUCUAAGACAAACUCUUAUUGAUUAUUGGGUGCCAAAAUCUUUUCCUCUUGAAACACCUAGCAAAUCAAAUGACGGGUUAAACGAGCACUGCUCAAGCCGUCGCUUCCAGUCCAGUUAAGAGAAUUCCAAUUUUAUAGAGAAAAAUGCAAGCUUUUAAAACUAAUCGUCAGCAAAUCUAAUCUCAAAUCUUUAACUCUAGCACACUUUUUCUCUAUAUACAAAUAGCAUUUUCUUUUUAUGUACUAUUUACUGUUUAUCUAGUUAUAUAAUUCUUAAUCCCUUUUAAAACCAAGAUGCACAUACUAUUAUCGACUAUUUAAUCGUUAAUUGUUAAAAAUUAUGUUUUUCUUUUUUGUUGACAUUAUUAGUGAACCGAGCAAAAAUUAGGGACAUCUUUCCUCUUAUUUCCCUCUUCGAGGCUUGCUACACACCUAUCAAAUCCUACAUGUUAACCCUGUGUGUUUGCUUAAUGGAUUGUAUCUACAUACACCUACUUAACACGAAACAACCUACGAUAGCGACAUUCAAACGAAACGACACAAUUAGGUUUUCGAAAAUUCUAAAAAAAAAUCUGCCAGUAGAUGGAGCCGGUUGCAGGCCAAUGGGUUCUGGAACCCCGGAGCUUUCCCUCGGCCUCAUUGGCCAAAGACCAUAAACCAACUCCGGAAACAAUUCCGUGUAACUUCAUAUUGAAGCACUUUUGUUGCGUGCAGACUCGUGAUAAACAUAUUUAAAACUACUUACCGAUGUACUGUACCUCCAUACAUAUUACUAGAAACUACUAAAAGCUACGAUAUGUGACACCGUUUUUCCUCCAAUAUUUUGUUCGAUGGUUCGGUAUUAGUGUAUUGUGUAAUGUCCAACCCACAGUUCGUCAUUAUCAACAUCAUCAGUAUUGUUCUCGUUGUUCUAAGAUGACUAACGGGUUUUACGUGACUCGAAAUACGAGCCUGCGAGAUCUUAACAACAUUUCCAUGGGAGCUCGCUUUUACCUGCUUCUUGGGGAUCAGUGUAGAUCUAUUGUUAGAUGGUAGAGAAAGAGAGGCAUUUUAAAACACCUAAAUAGAGACUUACAUACAAAGCAGCUCGAACAACUGUUUCUUCCUUUCUUCCGGAAACGAUCGUUAACAGCAGAGAGUUUUAAAACACACAACCACAAAUACACAAAAUACCUAAAAAAAAAAGAAACUUUAAACUAAACGCUACCAGUGUUAUUAUAAAGAACCGACAGUACUACACUUACCAUUACUUGCUAACUAGCAUACUUGAAUACCAUUUUAACCUGGACGAUUUGGAUUUUUAAUUGUUAGGUAACAUAGAAAUCCUUACCACGCACACAUAAAACAAAACAGUACCAUUUACGCAGAUAUAGAUGAAAAGCGUAGUAAAGAAUAAAGGCCGGUAAUGUGGAUUUUAGAAACAAAAAGUAUAAAGAUAAAGAUAUAACAUACUAUCAUUGAAGAACAAACACCUACAGAAGAACCAGAUAGCCAACAACUAUCAUCACAGUAAAACAAAACAUAAACAACCACAGAACAGAAUCAAUAAGUUAGGAAAAUAUCCUGUUACAGCAAGCAAACGUUAUGAAAAUCCAUGCAGAAAAAAAAUAUCGAUACAAUACUUACAUCUAAAUAAAACAUCAACACAACAUCAGCAGACCAUGCGAGGAAGAAGGAAAGAUGAGUUUAAAAAAAAUAUACAAGGUACAUAUUUGAACUUUAAA